AUGGCCAACAUCCACACCCCCAUCCCCAACCUCAAGCUCAAUGACGGCAACUCAAUCCCCAUGCUAGGCUAUGGCACCGGCACCGCAUGGUACAAGACCGGCGACGAAAGCCAACUUGACCAAGCCUGCGUCGACGCCACAAAGACAGCAAUCAGCCUCGGCUACUACCACCUCGACGGCGCCGAAGUCUACAAGACCGAACCCGAACUCGGCAAAGCGAUCAAAGAGUCUGGUGUCGAGCGCUCCAAGCUCUUUGUCACUACAAAAGUGUUGCCAAACAUAGCAGAUGUCCCUGCUGCUUUGAAUGCUAGUUUGAAGAAACUGCAGUUGGAGUAUGUGGAUCUGUAUUUGAUCCAUGCGCCAUUCUUUGGUUCGCCUGAGGAGUCGCCCGAGGCGCUGCAGAAGGCUUGGAAAGCGAUGGAGGAUGUCAAGGAGGCAGGGCUGACGCGCAGUAUCGGUGUCUCCAACUUUUUGCCUCAGCACUUGGAUGCCAUUAUUAAGACUGCGAGGAUCCCGCCUGCUAUCAACCAGAUCGAGUUUAAUGCUUACUUGCAACACCGCGAGUUGCUGCAGUACCACAAGGAGAAGGGUAUUGCGACUGAAGCCUAUGGCCCUUUGACUCCUGCGACAAAGGCUGCUCCUGGACCCCUGGACAAUGUCCUUGCUGGCCUGAGCAAGAAGUACGCCGUUAGCCCUGGCGAGAUUUGCUUGAGAUACUGUAUCGAUCAGGAUAUCGUGCCCAUCACAACCAGCAGCAAGGAACAGAGAUUGAGCGAUUACUUGAGAGCGAUGACUUUCAAGCUCACGCCCAGAGAGGUCAACGAUCUCAACGAGGCUGGCUCGCAGAAGCACUUUAGAGGCUUCUGGAACCACAAGUUCGCCGACAAUGACAGAAGAUAG